AUGGACAACGCCCAAUAUCAUUCAAACGCGAUGAGCAACGGAAACUCGCCAUAUUCGCCGCUUCCUGGUAUUUCACCGCACCAGCUUCAACACAAUUCGAACUUGCCUCCUCACACUUUGCCGCCUCUUCAACCGCAGCAACACGCUGCCAUGCAACAACAACAACAACAACAGCAGCAACAACAACAACAAUCAUGGAGCGCGCCUCAUACUCCCCGCACUCCAGGCACUCCAAACACUCCAGGAUCUGCUAGUUUAGGAUAUCAACAGGUUGGGGCACAAUCGAGGCCUGCACAAAUGAUGUAUGGAAAUUCUUAUCAGCAGCAACCCCCGCAGCAUCAAUACCGUCCUUCGCCCUCGAUGAUGCCCCAAUCGUCUGGUGCUUUAUCACACAAUCAGCCAAUUGCUCCUGCUCCUGCAAAUAGUCGAGGCCCCCCUCUGAGACCAAUGCCGGCGAGCAAUGUCCCACAACAUCUGUCGAUGCAUUCGGCUUACUCUCAGCCCAAUAUGCUACAGCAAGUGCUUGCAGAAGAACCUCCUACCCAUGUAGUGGGUUCGCAGGGUCGAAGAGGAAUAUUACCUAGUGCUCCGGGUCGCCCGCAGGUCACCGCUACUGGUCCUGGAUCCACAAAAAAUGCCAUGAUCCCCGCAAAGGAUGCUGAUGGAAAAUUCCCUUGUCCUCAUUGUACCAAGACGUACCUUCACGCCAAGCAUCUUAAGCGUCAUUUAUUGAGACAUACUGGAGAUCGUCCGUACAUGUGCGUACUUUGUCGUGAUACCUUUUCUCGUAGUGAUAUUUUGAAACGUCAUUUCCAAAAAUGUUCAAUUCGCCGUGGAAACCCUACUGGAGCAAGUCACUUGUCUCAUGCACAAGCACAUCUGAAGAAGUCACACCCGGGACCAAAGGCACAUCAGACGAUGGGCCCAGAAUCUGACAUUAUGGGUAUGAAUGGCAUGAAUGGCAUGCCAAAUAAUGGUAUGCCAAAUGAUGGCUCAAUGCACCCAUUUGGUGUCGUUCCUGAUGGAAGUAUUGCCGAUGCUAGCUCUAACCUAACAGAUGACCAAGCUUCGAAAGCUUCGAACGACCUUCAGCGACUGGGUAACCCCGAUAACAGAGACCGAAGAAUUGGUGGACCUGCUGCAGGCGGUUCAAGUCGAUCGAGUUUUGAUCAAGGUUACGGAGGAGGGAUGCCAAGUACUAUGUCUUCCGCUAUGAACCCUGCCAUGGCAUUCAGUAUGCCAAAUGGACAGAAUGGUCAUUCUUACAGUCAGAGCUACGAUUUUGCUUCUCAAGGCAACACUGCUAACUUGCAUGCGCAGUCGAUGGAGGGAAUGUCAACUGUUUCUAACGGGCGACCUCCGAUGCCUGUCUAUGCAGGAGCGAACGCCAGCCAACAUUCGAUACUCGAAUGGCCUCACAUGCAAUCGAACGGUCAAAACAACUUCAUGACUCCUUACAACAACUCGAACCUCGCAAACCAACAAAUGCAAAUAAAACAAGAACCAUACAACUCGAACCUCGCGAACUCACAUAUACAAAUAAAACAAGAACCUCCUAAUCACGGUUUCCUUACUGGUGUCUAUCCUGGGGCUUCCGAUAUUACUGGCUCUGAAUUCUCCAAUUGGAAUAUUCCAGCUCCAAAUGAUCCGCUCCAGCAAAUUUCAAGCCAAUUGCUAAAUUUUUGCCUUACCACAAAUCCACAAUUCAAUGCCCGUAGCCAAGAAAUCCGCAAAUUUCUCUCGGCCGACAAUAUUAAACACUUUCUUGAACAGUUUAGCAAUUUCCAGGGUCAUUUCCCUAUCAUCCACAUGUCAACAUUCCGUAUCACCGAUUCUUAUGAAGGUCUUCUACUAGGUAUGAUCUGCAUUGGUGCUGUUUACUCUGAUCGUAUGAGCCCAGCCCAAGUCCGCGAGAUGAUGGAGAUUGUAAAGAUGGUUAUAGAGUCCAAUUCUCAAGUCUACUCAGUAAUUUCUCGCGCGCCAAAUGCUGAAUAUGCCAAUGAACCAAUCGGAUCAUCCAAAUCUGAGAUUGAACAAAUCGCAGCAAUUUUCUUGAUGCAAGUGCUUUUCACAUGGCAUGGCACACCACUGCAGCGCGAGAAAGCCCGACGUGACUUCCCUAUGGUUGUUUCUUUGGCUAGAAGGGCGGGUCUUACCCAACCAAUGACCACAAACUCUUUCAGCGUCUUGCACCAAGGUCAUGUAAACGUCGAUGCUUUUGUUGCCGCAAACUUCGAUUGGAACGCGUGGGUUGAGCAGGAAAAGAGAUCGAGGCUACUUUAUAUGAUCUUUUUGUUGGAUUCUGCUUUGGUUAUAUUCUUCAAUAUUGCUCCUUCAUUCGAUACGCUGGAGAUCCGCCUUCCUCUUCCCGCCGAUGACGCUGCAUGGGAAGCUCGCACUUCUGCAGAGUGUGCUGAUGCUCUCGGGCUCAACGGUGCCGCGGUCUCGGCCCAAAAGAACCCUGAAGGUAGCCGUCGACGCAAGCAACCAGAAAUGCACACCGUGCUUAGAACCCUGAUGCAUCACACAUAUGAAAUGCAGCCAGGUACCACGAACUUAUUCUCCAAAUUCGUUCUGAUUCAUGCUCUUCAUGUACAAUUGUGGACUGCUCAAAAACAGAUGUCGCAGGAAUCUGGGCAAAUCACUGCAUCCUUGAACAGUGGAGCAAACACACCAUUGAGUCAAAACGAUUGGGUAGUUAGGGGCGGUGAUCAAGGCGGUAGUGGAGCACCAAGUGCAAACAACAGUGGGCGAGCAACUCCUGUUGACGGUCAAUCUCCACAUUCUCAUCAACUUUUGAAAACUGUUACAACCGCCUUUGAAAAGUGGAAGAAAGCUUGGGACGAGGACAUCAGUGUCCAAUAUCCUCCAGGAUCCUCCUACUCUCGCCGUUUCGGGUUUUGUCGUGAUGGUGCACAUUUUUACUGGCUUCAGAAGUGUAUGCUUUCUCAAAAACCCGAUUGGCAGAUGCCUUCGGACCAAAGAUUCACACAUGUGAUUCAACUGUUGAAGUUUUCCAAGCGAUGGGCCUCCACUGACACAGCAAAACGAGGAGAGGAACCUGGAUCAGUCAGUGACAUUGACAAGGACUUUGGGGUAGCAAACUUAACACUAGACAUGGCACAAUUGUUCAGGCCAGUAAACGCAAAGAUCGAUUCUCCGGUGCAGGGUGUACAUACCAACAUUUAA